AUGAAAGAAAGGGAAAAGCCACCUAAUUUUCUUGGAAAGUGAGGCUCCCAUUGAAUGGAUGCUAAUGCAAUAGGUUGUAUAUGAACUGCGGAGAGUUUUGUUUGGAGAAUGAAAGCGAAAUUGUGUAUGCUUUGCUUUGAUCUGCCAUAAAUAUUCAUGAAUUCAAACCAUAAAAUCCACCCACCCACACCUCCCGCGCACGCGGAGCAGAGAUUAAUCGAGAUGUCGGAGAGCAGAACUGAGGUUGGUAACAGCUUGGAGCCCUGGUUUGAGUUGAAUGACAAGGUCGUCAUGGUGACCGGUGCUUCGUCUGGGCUGGGCCGAGGCUUCUGCUUGGAUUUGGCUAAAGCCGGCUGCAGAAUCAUUGCCGCCGCUCGGCGAAUCGACCGCCUGCACUCACUAUGCGAAGAAAUUAACAACAGGUCCGGCUCAGCCAGCUCUAGUGUUCCCACCCAAAUUCAACCCAGAGCCCUUGCCGUUGAGCUUGAUGUAACCGCGAGUGGGCCGAUUAUUGAGGCUUCCGUGCAGAAGGCGUGGGAUGCGUUUGGAAGAAUCGAUGCUUUGAUAAACAACGCUGGUGUUAGAGGCAGUGUGCAUACUCCAUUGGACUUGACAGAAGAUGAAUGGAACGACAUCAUUAGGACCAAUCUGACAGGAACCUGGUUGGUGUCGAAGCACGUUUGCAGGCUCAUGCGUGAUGCUAAACGGGGUGGAUCUGUCAUCAACAUCUCCUCAAUUGCUGGUCUCGAUCGGGGGCAGCUACCUGGAAGUCUUGUUUAUGCUGCUUCAAAAGCUGCCGUCAACACCAUGACCAAGGUCAUGGCAAUGGAAUUAGGCGUGUACAAAAUAAGAGUGAACUCUAUAGCUCCCGGACUUUUCCAAUCCGAGAUAACACAAGGUCUCAUGCAAAAAGACUGGCUCAAAAUUGUUGCUGCAAAAACAGUCCCUUUAAGAACGUACGGCGAAUCAGAUCCAGCAUUGACGUCACUGGCCCGCUACUUGAUCCACGACUCUUCUGAGUAUGUGUCGGGAAAUGUUUUCAUCGUCGAAGCAGGAGCUACCUUACCAGGUAUCCCAAUUUACUCCUCUCUUUAGAAGCCUAGAUUGAGAUGCUCUGUUCUUUUAAAGAAAUUAGAGGAAGAAACACCUGGAGGCUCAAAUGUUUUAUGUUUCUCCCCUUUUUGUUUACCGUUGUUCGUUUUUGCCUUGUGAAUCGAUGGAAUAUAAUCACCAGAGUUCGUCCUCGAUCCUCUUUGAUGUUAGUUGAACUAAACUGUGAUCUAAGAUCCAAGAAUCAUGAUCAGAGAGCAAUGUAUAGACUGGAAAGACUUAAUUCUAGUGAACUUUGCUUUGUGACCUUCAAAUAUUUCAAGAUUUCGUGCUGUAGUUGUGUGGAUGGAGGACACCUGAAACUCUAGAAGGAGAGAAUUGUGAAUCAUAUCCAGGAAAAAUUGCAGUUUC